UUGUUUAUCAAGGAAGUAUAUUUUUAUAGAAUUGGUGGUGGUUCAUUCUCAACGGUGUAUAAAGGUAUAUCAAAACCCAGUUCCAAAACUGGCGUUCCUUAUGCGGUGGCCAUUAAAUGUAUGGAUAUGAAGUUCGCAAAUUCAUCGAAGCUAAAUUCUGAUUGUGUGGUUUCUGAGAUAAGUAUUCUAAAAAGACUAAAACACAGGAAUAUCGUACGAUUACACGAUUUCGAAUGGGAUAAGAAGAACAUCUAUUUAAUAAUGGAAUAUUGCGGUGGUGGAGAUUUGUCCAGAUUAAUCAGAGAGUAUGGUCAAUUGUCCGAGUUAAUAACAAGACGCUUAUUUCGUCAGAUUGCAUCUGCGUUAUUUUAUAUGCGAGGGAUGAAUAUUGCACAUAUGGAUUUAAAGCCACAGAACAUUCUGUUGACUAGCCUACAGCGACCAUUUAUUAAGGUAUCCGAUUUUGGUUUAUCGCAGUACUUGAAAAAUGAUGAAUCGGCGUCUUCAUUCAGAGGUUCCCCUCUUUAUAUGGCACCAGAAAUUUUCACUCGACAAAAAUAUGAUAGCCGUGUGGAUCUUUGGUCAUCAGGAAUCAUUUUAUACGAGUGUCUCUAUGGCAAACCACCGUUUACAGCGGAAUCUUAUGAAAGACUUAUCGAACAAAUUUUAUCGUAUGAGUCCAUAAAAUUCCCGUCAAAUGUGCAACUGUCGUUCGAUUGUUUGGAUCUCUUACAAGGAUUACUGGUACGUAAUCCUCAUCACAGAAUUGAAUUCAAGAGUUUUUUUGCUCAUCCAUUCGUUGAUUUAACAAAAUUGCCAUCGUCAAAUCAGUUGACGAUGGCUGAUGAAGAUGUUCUUAGAGCGAAGCAAUUGGAGGCCAACGGUAAUAUAAUUGAUGCAGUGAAACGUUUGACAAAUGCAAUCCAGCUGUAUAUGGGUUGUUUGGAGUUAUUCGACAGCGAUGAAGAGAAGUGUAAAUUUAGGGAAAAAAUAAAAAAUUUAUUGGAAUAUGCGGAACGUUUGAAAGAUAGCUUAAAACCAGUGCAGCGAGCAGAAUUUCAACCGAAUAAUUCAAUUGUUAUAGUCACAAAUGAUUGGCCAGAUUAUCCACAAGUGGAUGCAGCAAUGCUAUUGGCAAAAACAGCAAAAGAGUUGGAAGUUGCCGAAAAAUGGAGUCAAGCGUAUGAUAAAUAUAUGUUAGCAAUUGAAGGUUCGAUGAAGGUUUUGAAACUGGUUAAGGAAGUGAGAAAUGAUAAUAAUAUGAACAGCAAUAACGAACGUAUUACAUUAUUGCGGCGUAAAAUAUCACAAUGGUUAUCGUCAGCUGAACGAAUUAACGUGAUUUUUUACCUUUUAUUCAUUCCACUUUUUAGUUUAUCUCAUUUUUUAUGCAACAGAAAGUAUAUUCUCUAA